UGAUCAAAGAGGAUAUCUGAUAGGAUAGCUCAACUGACUGUCUGAUUACCUAACUGUUAAAGAAUCAAUCGAUCAAACGGAAACUGAAUAGAAUCGUUUGCUUAUGCAAGCCUUAUCCUGCAAAAUCUCUUCCAAUGAUUAAUUGAGUUGCAGAAUUUUCAUACUUGCAGUCAAGUGACAUAAAAAUUCAUAGCACAUCAUGUCCGAAAUUGAAUUUCCAAAAUAUUCCACUGCGAUUAACUUUGUUGUUCUCUUCCAUGAAUCAUGGCUAGUAAGUAAUGCCAGUUAUGGUUCAUGGAACUAAAUAUACGUAGAAGGUAUAAUUUAUAUUGCAUAACAAUCUGACGUCUAUGGUUUUCAUUAGUGCUUCAGACUUUAAUUUUUAAUUUUCCGUUAUUUAUUCCGCAUUAAUUAACGUACACGUACAACAACGUGAUGUAACUCGCCAACUAUCAGCCGAUACUCGACUCCUACUUUUCGAUAUCAAUUAGCUAGCUUGUGUUGGAAUUGUCAUCCGUUUUCAUUACUAUCUCAGUAUUUAUCUUUCGCUCCCUCGCGAAUAAUUAUCCAUGACCUUAUAUCAGUCUUCGUACUCAACUUCAGGCUCUGGUGGAACAUCAUUAUUAAGAAAAAUUUUUUUUCAAAUAAAACCAGUCGUAAUUACUGGUGUCUAGGUAAUAAAGGAUAAAAUACUUGAAGUUUACCUGAUCCAAUGGCGAACAUGGAUGAAGUCGAGGCCGAAGAUGAAUUUCUGGACGCGGAAGAGAGCAUAGUGGCGCCAGCCAGCAUGGACCUGGACACCGCGAUGAUGGAAUCCAAGCAGGCGAUCCACUACUUUUUUAACAAUGAUUUUGACCAAGCGAAAAAAAUAUUGGAACCCUGGGCCGACAGCAGCAUGUACCACUCUCUCGGCAACAGUACUUUUGCGUUCGUUGAGGCGAUCCUCACUUUCGAACAAAAACACAUAGAAAAAGCAUCGGAAGCGCUGAAACAAUGCAUGUCGGUGUGCCAAAAACAGCGCAGAAAGAACACCAUAGCCCAAAAUAUCGGGAAAAUGGUUAAAAAGCCAAACUACGAUUGCUACAGCUCUGAUGAAAUACACGCUGAGCUAUGUUACGCCGAAGCUCUCCUGAUAAAAAGUUUGCUCACCUUCAUCGAAGACGAGACAUUGGUUACUUUCGUUAAAGCCGGAUUCAAAAUUCGUUCCUGCUAUCUAUCGUUCAAAGAGUGUCAGACGAUUCUGAAGACACGAAAAUGGAGAAAUCAGACCCACAGAUUACACUUUGAGAGUGGAGUGCGAAUGGGUAUCGGUACAUUCAAUCUAAUGAUAUCGUUACUUCCUGGUAGGAUAAUCAAGCUCUUGGAAUUCAUAGGAUUUUCAGGUGAUAAGGCUUUCGGACUAGAGCAGUUGGAAGCUGGGUUCAGAGAGCCCAACGGACUACGUCAAGUCCUCUGCGCCCUGACUCUACUUUCUUUCAAUUUGAUAGUAAUGUACGUACUGGCGGAUUCGCAGAGCGAUUUGAAAUGGUGCGAAAAAACACUCAACGAGGAAUUGGUCCUCUAUCCGAACGGGGCAUGGUUUUUAUUUUUCAAAGCGAGAUUAGAGCUGGUAAAGGGGAACGUCGAAGACUCCCUGUCGUGGUAUACAAAGUCUUGGAAAAGUCAAAAUAUCUGGCCACAGUUCCACCAUCUUUGUUAUUGGGAAAUGAUGUGGGCCCAUUGCCUUCAGCGGCAGUGGGACGAUGCUUUAAUUUAUGCCGAACAUUUGGAAACCGAGUCUAACUGGUCCAAAACAAUUUACAUGUAUCACAAGGCAGCUAUUCUAAUGAUGAAAAAAGACAGGGAUGAACCUGCGGCCAGAAAAAUCAUCACUGAGCUCAUGUCGCAGGCUCCGACUCACAAGCAACGCAUAGGUGGUAAAUCAUUGCCGAUGGAAAAAUUUGCCAUAAAAAAAACCGAGCGAUACUUCGCCCAAAAAGAAACUCUUAUUCUACCGGCCUUGGAGCUUCUACUCGUGUGGAACAUGUUCAAAGUUUUGGGUAACCGUCCCGAGCUACUUUUGAAUAUAUAUAAAAUGGUGGAGGACGAAGAAUCCUCGUUGGAUCUACAAUCAUUGGAACACCAAGCGGACAGCAAAGCGCUGAUACUUUUAUUGAAGGGCACGUGCCUUCGACACAUGCGCAAGCCUCUCCAGGCUGAGGAAUGUUUGCGAAAAGUUUUGCUGUUCGACAAGCAGGUGAAGGACGAUACUUAUUUGCUACCCUAUGCAGCCGUUGAACUCGCUUUGCUAGCGAGAGAUCAGGACAAGGCGCAAAUGGCGAUCGCUCUGUUGGAGGAUGCAAAAAAAAAUUACACCGGCUAUUCCUUGGAGUCGAGACUCCACUUCAGAAUUCAUUCUGCUCUUCUUGAGCUGACGGGUAAAAAACCAGAAGAAAUUAUCGGGGUUAUUAACGGGGUGGGAGAAGAGGAAUCGAACGCUAGUACAUCGACGCAUUUAUAACAAAGCAGGGUUAAAGUAUUCUUUUAACAUUUACCAUAGAGUCACAAGUUCUGAAUACGACGAACGAAUUUAAUUUCUCGGAUUGUCCAUUGCGUUAGUUAGAAUAAAUCUUUUAUCGAUAAUUAUCGUCACAUUGAUAGUCAUAGGACUGCGUAGUCUCGACCGAUCUUUGAUAUUAGCACCCGGAUAAAAACUUUUUAAUAUUUCAUCGAAGGAAGGAUUAGAAAAAAAUCAUCACUUUCAGAUUCACUUUAUUCGACGAUGUACCCCAAUUUUUUCGAUUGGCGCGUUUGAAGCUUUCCGAAAAUUUUACGAAUGGUUGUUGCGGCUGUUGUUGUUGUUGUUGUUGUUCAUGUUGUUAUUGUUGUUCUUUCUAUUGACGAUAGAACGGUUCGGGAUAAAAUGUUUGUUCAAUCGGGUGUGGUACGAUAAAAAAAAAUUUAACAACACAAAAAAAAAAAAUCGAAAAACCAUUUGCGGUGGAAAGAUUAGACAGUUUAGUCAUCGAUCUAUUUUUUCAGUUGUACGAUCAAAACAGCUACUAGUUAUACAACUUGAUUAUGUUAUAGAAAUACCAAACCGAAUUUCAUUGUUUAUUGAAUUAUGUCUAAUUAUUUUUCUUUUGAUAAUACCUAUUUAAUUUGAUUAUUUAUACUAGAUUAAUUUACUUUCAUGUUAUAAUUUUUCAUUCCGAUUUUUAGUUCGGUGUUGGAUAUUGAUAAUAGAAGAUUUUAUUUUUAACGUUAAUUAUUUUCAAUCGUCUAAGACUCGAUAUUAGAUGGCUAUAUUUUACGCCUCUCUCUUUCUCUCUCUCUAUUCCUCAAAAAUUAUUUAUCAAUCUGUUUCCUCGUUAUCUUAUUCAUUAAAAUUAUGCUCACUUAAGUGAUAGAUUAUUUAUUUUAACUAGAUUGAAUGUUAAUCGUGACGAAGAAGAAAGGUCAUCGCUAAUUACCCGAUCCUAAAUACAACCAGUUAUGUUAAAAGACCUUUAAUUAAAAAAAAAAAAAAAUAUAUAAGUAUACAUAUAAUACGUACAUAAAUUCAAACAUAGAUCUCAACAUCCGUCAAACUGAAAUGUUAAACAUAUUUUUACUCGCUAAAAUCGUGAAUAAUGAAUUUAACAAUAUUGAAGGGAAGUUUUUUUUUUACGUGAACAAGAGUAUUUUUCUAGCUCUCGCAUUUAGGUAGAAUAAAUAAAGCUGAUGCGUCUUAGAUAUGUCUAGGUCCUCCUGAUAUUUCCUGUGAUCUAACAAUAAAUAUUUGAAAUGAAUUUAAUAAAACAAAAAAUAAAAAAAAAUAAUAAUUAUUAAAUUAAAUAAUUAAAUUAAUAAACGAAUACAAACACAUUUCUCGCUCGUUCGCAGUUAUUGAACACGUUAAUAUAAUAGAAGGAAACUCUAUUGUUAUCCCGAUUAAUAAUUCAUAUUAUUAACAACGUAUGAGUUAGGAAUAGCGAAUUCUAAUUUUUAGUCAGAAAUUUUUGAAUUUUUGAUGGGGAAGGGCUUUAAUUGGAUAACCAGAAGACACGAUAGUUUGAAACCUUAUAAAUUUUAUUAUUUUCUUGCUUAUCAUUCAUUCAGUUGUUGAACAAUUGAGAUAUCUAUACGUCGAAAACUCGACGAACUUGUAAGACAAAAGAAUGGAAAUAUUUAUAUAAAUUAAAUUGGUAAGCCUUUGUCUUUA